GGGCACUCCUUCCACCCAUGUUCGAGGUUCGGGACCGGAUUCGGCUAUGCUGAUGAGUGGUGGGGCUGCCGGUCGAGAAGAGGAGGCUACUGGUCGGCAGGGGAAAUCUGCGAUGGACGUUGUGCCGAGGCGUAAAAGGUCUGGUGACACGUCCGCUGCAGGUGUGGGAGACGAGGUGCCUGUCGUCGACCACAAAGACAAGUGUUGGAUGUUGGACUGGGUGGGUGGAAUCGGGGAACGCUCGGGUGGGCUGGUUUUGUACGUGGUGAUAAAAGACAACAUUGUUCCGAUUGGCGGUGUGGUUAAGUGGAGUGGAGAAAAAUCACCGUCGUCCAUGUUGGAGUUGACGAUGGUCCUUAACGCUAGAGAUGAGUGGAUGGCGGGUGUCAAACGCGUUGCUCUUCGUUGGGCCAAACACGCUGGAUACGGCAAGAGGCUUUAUGACAUUUUCAAUCCGCCUAGGACGGAGAAAUUGACGUUGCCGGACCUUCGAUCGGUUUUCGCAUUCUUCGACAGACAUGUGGUCGCAGGGCAUGAGCCGGUGGUGCAUGCUUCCGACCGCAUAUCUGAACCGAAAAGCGUGCUUUCGUCGUCUUUGGAGGCGGCUCCGUCGUCGAAACCGAUCAUUAUAGGUGCCCACCCUCCGCCAUCAAUUCGGACUACGGUUGCUGCAACACGAGUUCCGAAAUCAGGGCAGAUCGGGGAGAAAGGUCCGUGUCGAGGCCAAAUCGUGCCGUCAGCCCCUGUGAAGCGUAAGCCAACAUCAACCAAGGAACCCGUUUCCUUGGUCCGCCCGCCGCGCUAUGAGUUGGACAUUCCUGCUGGGUCGCAUUAUUUUGGAGAUGACGACGAGGAGAACAGCGAAGAAGAAUGGGAGCGCGAUGAAGAACGCGAAGAAUGUGAGGAGGGUGACGAAGAAAAGGAAGUAGAGAGUGAACACACAAUCAGCAAGAGGGGUGGGCCGGGCGAGUUUGAGGGUCGUCUAGGGGUUGAGUAUGAGGACGAAGGGCAAGAAGAGGAAACGACCGGCGAGGGAGGGUAUGCAGAUGUGCAUCGGGGUUCCAAACGAACGCAGCUACUCGCGCCGAGUCAUGGGCAUUGGGAAGCGGAUCCAGGGCACGGGGAAAUGCACCGCGAAGUUGGGGUCGAGCCGGCGCAUGCCGAUGCAGUACGACUAGCUGAGAAGAAAAGGAAAAUGAAGCAAGAGAGGAGAAGUGCUAUGGACAGUAAGAAAACCAAGCAGGAGGGGGGAGCCAAGCAAGAGGAGGGCAAACACAAGUUGAAAAUGCUGGCAGUUGAGGAGACCGUCCAAUGUACGUGGGAGGUUGAGGAGGUAAUGAAGAAAAAACGACAGCCAAGGAAAAAAACAGCGAAGGGAGGUGUGAUGGAAAAAACUUCCGUUUUUUCGCCGGACCAGCCACAGUCGGAUGAAGACGCUGUGGGCAAGACAGUCACCAGACCGCCCGGUUUGCAGAUUCUGCCGCAUGGGAAUUCUUCUGGUCAUCUGAGCAAAGGCUUCUUCCUUGAGUUCGGCGAGAAUGGUAACCAGAGGCCGGAAAUGCAGUUCAUUACUGUCAAGUUGGACAUGAUUCUGGAUAUCCCUGAUGAGGAAUUCAGAUAUAAUCAACGCUUCCUCGAUCAGGAGCUUAUUGACGACCUUUACAAAACAAUGGUUGAGUCGGGUGAGGCAGCUAUCCGAGAGAGAAUGACCGGGGCAGCCGGGGUGAAUGUAUGUGCAUUGUACGAGAAGCAUGUCCUUCUGUUGAUUGGGCUACAUGAUACAAUGCAUACUGACGCUUCCGGUACGAAUAUGGGUGCGUGGACUGAACAAGUGUUUGCUGGACUCAAGAAGUUCAUGGACAAACUUGGCGGCGAGUAUUGGACAUUGUUGUGCUUCGUUUCACGCCCUUGCGAGUUCACAUUCUUGAGGCGAGUCACGAUGUGGGACAUUCACUUGGAUGACUCGUUUACAACAAACAAAGGGGAAAGUGGCAAUAAGGUUGCAAACUUGCCUUUGGAGGACACAGACAGAAUGGUGGUCAUCAUGUACUCCAACGACGGGGAGUUUCAUCGCAACAUUAUUCCCUUGUUUGAAGAUAUUCAAGUUGCAGGUCCAUCAUCUGCCGAGCGGGUGGCUAACAUAUCGGCACUUGUGCGGAGAGAGAGAAAGCCGAAGAUGUUGACUGAUGUCAUGGAGAAGAACUUUCUACCAUCAAAGUGGAAAAUGGCAGGUAUGGAUCCACCGGAGAAAGUGGUCUAUGAUGGUAUGGAAAGGGAGCCAAACGCGAUGGUGGAGACAUUGGAGCAUUUUUGUCCUGCGGAUGAGGCUGUCGUUUUCCUCGGGAAAGGUUAUGCUGGAUUGGUUUGGGAGCUGUUAAAGAGUCACCGUCAUUGCAUUGUGCUGGAAGGGGAGGGUAUGAAGUUCGAGUUCCUCAUUCAGUUCAUUGACAAGAUGGUCAAAACUCGAGAUUACUACGCCAACUCUACUAAGCCGCCUCCUCGACGUGAUGAAGGGCGUGAUCUCGUCUACAAGGUUGGUCAAAACGUGGUCAAUAUUUGGGAGUUUCUCUUCGAAACAAAGCCGCAAGACAGAGGGGAACGUACUUAUGUCCUCAGAAGAAGAAAAGUGGAGAAGCUCUUGAGGGGUUAUCAUAAAGCACCAUCGGAGAAGGAGGUUUCAUUUCUCGACCGCUUGGAGACCAUGUACUUCGACCAACAAAUCAGGGCGUUUACAAUCGCAGGUUAUGCGACUUGUUUUGUGGAUGGUGAGGACUUUGAUGCCGACGACUCAGAAGAAGAGAGUAUUGAUGGCACUUUGCAAGCGGCUUUGGCAGCUGAGAGGCAAAGAGUUUGUAGCCCGGGUUCGCAGAGAAUGGGUGUUCCAGGCACAUCGUCCGGUUCUGAAGGAGCUUCGAGCAUGGCGGUUUCAACGGGUCAGUUAAUGACUCAGCCGCCGACUUCUUCUAUUGUUACGCCGACUCAGAUGGCGGGCAAUACGAUGACGGUGGCAUCCGGAGGCAGUCUGGAUCCGAGUGUUCUAGCAAUGCUCUCCCCAGAGUUGGUGGCAACUCUGGCACCAUUUGUACACAGCCCAAGUACUAUUAUGGAAUUGCUACGCUCUCGAACUCCACAACAACCUCCACCUGAUGAGCCUUUGGAGUACGAGAUUGGAGACACAAUCCCUGCAGACAUUCAACUGCUUCCGGGGCCUAUAGUGUGCCGAGACGAUUAUACGGUGACAGAUGAUGCCACUUGGGGUCAUCACAUUAUAUGGCACCCCCAACACUUCCAACCUGCAUUGGCAAGAGGGAGGUGGGUUAUGGCUAUAAAAGAAGAAGGGUGGCAGUUUUGCCUCCACAGGCGUAUGUCAGGAUCGAACUUUCUGAAACAUAUCAAAAAUCAGAUUGCCAAGCAACUUCAGCGUCUUAAUCCGGAAGUUUCUCAAUCAAGACUAGAUGAAAGAACAGAAGAAAUUUUCCAAGAGUUCAAAACAUCACAGUGGCUUGAGUAUCUGGAAGAGUUUUAUGAUAGACAAACCAGCCCGGCUUAUGGAUAUUAUUGGCAUGUCAAAAAAGAUCUUGGGGAGAGGAAAAAAUCAAGCGGCGGUGGUGACCAUGGCAAGGGAUCCGGAUCAAGCGGAGGUGCGCAUGGCAAAGCAUUGCGAUCGGGGAGUGGUGCAAGUGACAAGGGUAUGAAACCGAAUGACGGUGCAAGCGGCAAGGACGCAAGUCGUGGGGAACGGCAACAAACCGAAAAGUCUAAGGGGCGCCACGCAACAAAAGGCAAGGGAUCAGCACCAAGCGGUGGUGGGCAUGGCAAACCUACAGGACCAAGCGGCGGUGGUUCAACUGUCGAAGGGUCUCAGGGGCCUCAAGAAACAGAGCGCAAGGGAUCAGGAUCGAGUGGUGGUUCAACUGUCGAAGGGUCCCACGGUCGAGUCGAACACGACAGUGGCCUUGCAUUGGAGCGUUCCCGGCUUGACCGAGCGAAGAGUCACACGGUUGAGUCGAACCUGAUAGUGGGAUCGGAAAUGAUCGCCGGUGCGACUGGCAAGGCCUCGGGACCUCGAUCGGAAACGAUGGUUGGUGCGACUGGCAAGGCUUCGGGACCACGGGGGGGGAGUACAACUAUCGGCGGUGCUUCACCUGUCAAAGAGUCACACGGUCGUGUCGAACACGACACUCGUCCAGCAGUCAUUGUCGAGUCGAACCCGACAGUGGGAACGGGAUCAAUCGCCAGUACAAGUGGCAAGGCUUCGGGACCAAUCGACAUUGUUUCACCCGUCGAAGGGUCACACGGUCGAGUCGAACACGACAGGGGUCCACUAUUGGAGCGUUCCUAGCUUGACCGAGCGGAGAAACUUGUGGUUGAGUCCGACCCGACACAGCAACAGGGAUCGAUUGUCGGUGUGAGUGUCAAAACUUC